UUAAUAAUGAAUUAAAAUACUAAUCCAAAAGGUUACGAUUAAACAAAAAAAGAUGAGCUAACAAAAUAAGCAAAAAUAGCAAAUGAAUACGCAGCAUUUAAAAGGAAGGAAAGUUAUGGAGUUGGUUUUACUGUUCAUCUUGAAAAUAAAAGGUUUGAUGAGUUUAAAACAGAAUAUGGGUUAAAAACAGUUCAAGAUCUAAUUAACUUAAUUAAUUAAAGAUAAAAUCUUUAAACAAAUUAUUUGGCUUUUGAUUCUCCAUAAGGUAAUAAUAUUUUAAGUCAUGCAAUUUUGCUUAAAGAUUUGAAUGAUGUUUACUUGAAAAACAUAUCCUCAGGUAACAAUUUAACAUUUAUAAUAGAAAAUAUGGCUUAUAUCCAUGUUUUUGGCAAAAAGAAUGUUUGUACUUAUUAUGUUAAUAAGAAAUAGACAACAGUUGAGAAUGUAAAUUAUUUGGAUAUUUUAUUAGAUAAUUGAUUAAUUCAACAAUGAUCAAGAAAAUUAGAAUGAUAAGAUAGACACAAAAAAAGAUAAAUAUGGUGUUGGAUGUAGACUUGAACCAGGAAUGUAAAUAAAUGAUAGCAUUUUGAAAAGCUUGAUAUCUAAUUAUGUUGAGGAAGGUGAAGGGUUGAUUAGAAUAUUGCCAUAUUGA